GCGCGUGUCUGCAAGUGUGCAAGUUGCCGGAGUUGGCUGGCUGCGCCAGCCCGCGCUCGCGUGUUGAUUUCGCUCGCCCCGAACUUCCUCAUUGUGCGUACGACAAGCCAGUUGAAAGAGCUUGCUGCGGGAACGCUUCGCCGCUCCCGUUUCGAUAACAGGAGCGCGACCGUUCAGACGUGUCUUGGAACCCGUGCCGCCCAAGCUUAGAAAUGUGCAACGUUCAGAGUGCGACGUUGUUUUUCCUUAUCGCCUGUUGCAUCUCGCCCGUUGUGUUUACAUCGGACCCUACAACGACGAGUCAUGUGCCAUCCGCAACAACGGAGCCUCCUCCGCACGUGUCCACAACGAUAUCGCCUCAAACAGCAUGCGCGCAGAAGUCAAACACAUCUUGUUCCGAUUGCUUAGCAGCUGGCACUGGGUGUUACUACUGCUCUACGACGAGAAGAUGUGGCUUUUAUCCGUACAAGAGGCUCAUCCCAAGCCACGAUGAGUGUGCCUACUUCUCAGAAGUAUACUGGGGUGUUUGCUUCAUUUCCCUACAAGGCACGGUGAUUACUAUCAGCGUGGUCGUCGGCACUAUUCUGCUCGCGCUAGUGGUGUGCUGUUGCUGCUGCUGUCGCAAGCGUCAGAACAGCAAAUGGCUGCGCGACAUGGCUCGCAUGGAAGAGGAGAGGAGGCAGCGCCAGGAACGUGCAGACGAAAGACGGUCCGAGCGCAAGGCACGCAACGACGACAUCCGACGCAAAUACGGCCUUGUUCGCGAGGAGACGCCUUACACUCGCUUUUGACCACUGAUCUUGCUCCUGCGAGCAGGUUAACUUAACGGAGUGGCCGUUGUACCGCGAGCUCUGUCUUGGGCAGUUAAAGCCUGCCACACAAAACCAAGCUGGCCCGCAAGAGGUGCAACAGCAAACAGCCCAGCCAUCGAGGCUGGGCUUUUUCUUAUGUCACCCACUUUCUUAACACAAACUUGCAAACUUUAAAUGCUGAUGUACUACAUCUAGCAAAUUGUAAUGACAUAGCAACUCGACUUGCUGCACCCCUUGCCUCACUAAGGAUGAAGCACCUUUCCUGAAGUGAGCAGUUUUAUGCGGCCGUCCUGUGUAUUCAUGGCUGAAAUACUAGAACAGCGUGUGUGAAGUCGCACACAUGCACCUGGCUACUUUGCUUAUACUGUUAGUUUUGCCACUUCAGUUUGCAGGGCAUCUUUGUGAUUGCUUCAUCAAAUUCACCAUCAAAGGCAACAAGAUGCCGAGAGGUUGUAAUAUGAGGUCAUGGUGAAGAAGUGAAUGAUGGCUCAUAAACUGCCCUUGUGCACUUUGACCUUAAGUGCUGGUGGCAGAAGGGCAAUGUGGCAUAAACAAACUGUGGUGUGUUCUUUUUUUUAUGGUUAAAUAUACUGUGGUGUGUGCUUUCUUUUUUUUUAAUGAUUAAAUAUACACUGAUGGUAGUGCAAAUAGAAAAAAAAAAAAAAACCCUGCAGAGGCCUGAGUACCUUUAGAUAAAGCCCAAGGAAGGGGAGCAUGUCAUAUGUUCAACACCACUCUUAAAGUUUUCUCGCUGUUUUUUUUUUUUUCGCUGCCUCUUGCAGCUAAUUCUUAAUGUUAUUAUGGAGUACUUAGUUUUGUUUUUGCUCUUACACACAUUUUGUGGAAUUCUCAGCUGUACAAUCCUUGUGCAUUAUUCAGCGUGCAUGGUUAUUGCAUAUUCCUAGGCAAAGUGACCUGGUUGUUGUGUGCUUUUACAAGUGCAGUCUUCCCUUCCUUAAAAUGAAUGGGAUUUUCAGGAAAAUGAAUGGAAUUUUCAAGGUGUGGUAAUGUUUGUUUGUAAGCACCUAGCAACAUACAUUCAAUGUGACCCAUGCAUUCCAAGUGUAAAAAGUGUUUGGCAAAGUAGUUCCUGAUCAUAUAAAUAAACUUUGUUUUCACUAAAAUUCAUUUUGUUCCUGUCACUCUUGGCUGUCGUGUCACAUAUUUUAAAAUUUUUUUUUCUGUAGCGGUAAGGUCUUACCCAAUGGACCUUGAAUGUGUGUUGGAUUAAAAUACGGCAUAUAGAAUGUCACUGUGUUGAACCUUAUGAAAAAAAUAAACUGAUUUUACAUGGCCUUAAGCCUUUAGUGACAGCAUUACACGAUUCGACUAAACGACAAGUUGCACUCAGGAAACUGUUCAUGAAAAGUUAUGAGAUUUGCAAUAACUAUGGAGCAAUGUUAAUAGUUUGAUGACCAUAUUCUGAGCAGCUCAUUUAAUCCGUUUGAACCUACAGUUGUGCAUGGUGCAGGCGCCAGCGAAGUGUUUGUGAUCAGGAGAGGCAGUUGACUGAAUUUUCAUACAGGAUUAACAUCUCUUGUAGCAGAGCAUCCAUUAUAUAUGCAGAUGUAUAAUCUCUCGAUUGCAUUGCUGCAUUCGAUACAUAUCAAAUUUUUUUAAAUAUUGUACACCACUAUAUAUUUAACAAGGUGACUGAGCACAAAGGCAAUCACAAGUGAUUUUGUAGUGAAAGGCAAUAUUUUUGCUUGCUGAUCUCUGUGGAUAUAUCAUUGGAUAUAUAUAUAUAUAUAUAUAUAUAUAUAUAUAUAUACAUACGUGGUGCUUUUUUUUUUUUAAGUGCUAUGGUGAUGGUGUGCACUGCAGGCAUCAUCUGCUUGUGCAUGUUUUUGUCAGCACCAGACACUUUGGUAGGGACGUGCCCCACUACAGGGAAGCACCGAGUUACCAAUGGCUUCCAUUUCAAAAACUGAAAAGCGAAUGGAGGGGUAUUAUUUGUUCUUUGCUAGGAAUAAUCAAUAAAGGUAUUCCAUAUUAUUGUCUUGG